AUAGCCAAUCCAUAGCUAUUGGUUGGUAUAUUGUCAAUUGAAUAUUUUUGAAACAAAGUAUUCAUUCAUUUGAUAUCCAGCCAGUGAUCAGUGAUCAUCCUAUAUCAUAUAAUAUCCUUUUCAAUCAUUCACCAAACAUUCAUCAUGCAAAAGUUAAUGAUAGUCAUGAUAAUGACUGUAAUGGUCAUCAAUAUGAUAGCAGUUUCUGCUCAAAAAGGACGAUCAUAUGUUAAUCCAUCGCUUAGUCCUGGUCGUAAAGCUUUUGCCAAAAGUCCAACUCGACCAUUAGUUCCACCGCCCAGAAUAAGUCAAACGCACAUCGAUUCGAAUUCAGCUCUUUCGGCUGGUUUGCGACCAGCUGCACCUGCACCGAUUCCAGCACCAGCACCUGCAAAAGCUUAUGGUGGUACUAAAUUACCCAGACCAAAUGCUGCUGUUGCUGCAACCGCUCCGAGACGCCCGAUUCCUUCUCAACCAGCAGCUCCACGUCCCGCACCUGUUCCAGCUCCGGCACCUGCUCCAGCUCCAGCUCCAGCACGAUCAUCAUCUGCCGUUGCUGCUCCUAGCCGUAAUCGUGAUAAUGAUGAUGGUGAUGAUGGUGGCCCACAUCCAGCUCCUGAACCAUAUUCAUUUUCAUACGCCGUUAAUGAUGAAGAAAGUGGUGCCCAAUUAACACGUGAAGAACGACAAGAUGCUGGCGGUAAUAUUGUUGGAUUUUAUCAUAUUAUGGAUGCUGAUGGUCGUCGACGUCGUGUUGAUUAUACUGCCGGUCCUGAAGGUUUCAAGGCUACAAUCAGUUCGAAUGAAGAAGGUUUAAUUAGCCGAGAUUCUGCUGAUGCUGGUUACACUGUUGAAGAAGUACCCGAAGAUCGUCAAAAUGCUGUUGCUGCUGCUGCACAAGCCGCUGCCCGUGGUCGACCACAAGCAUGAAUUGAUUGAUUUUAAUUCCUACCAAUUUAACAGAUCAAUAGUGAUUGAUUAGCUCAAAUCAACAAAUUUCAAAAGUCCAUCGUAAUCGUAAAUAAUCAAUGGUCAACAAACAAAAUUAAUUAGCCAUUUUUCUUGAAUUGUAAAUCUUAACAAAUUACCAUCACCAUCGUCAUGAACAAUAUUGUU